UCGGCGGGAUCGGCGGUUACUAUCAGUUUGCCUUGAGCAUCAUCGUCAAUAUCAACAUUAUCAGCCUCAUCGCCACUGGCAUCGCCCGACCAUCGUGAAAUUCGUGAUUGGGCCCGUGUUCCGCCCAGGACCAUUGAACCCGCCUGGUCGGAUUUGGGCGUUCCGUGGGAGGUGACUAGCUGGCUGGGUGGCUGGCCUGCUUGAUUGAUUGGUUGCGGGCGCUCAGCUGACCGACCGGUAAGCGAGAUGUCGAGCGAUUCCGGCUCAGCGGCUGAGCCGGUGUUAAGGCUUAAUGGCGGGGGGCGGAGGUCCGCCUGCCCGGGAUGAAGGCCGGGGUGGUGAUGGCACCAAGGCCACCCUGGUGGGCGGGCAAGUGUUCCCGGCCGUACUGGCCCCGCCCGAUCGCCCGGGUCGGAACACCAACCAGUUGCAGUAUCUCAAGAACGUGGUCAUGAAGGCCGUGUGGAAGCACCAGUUUGGGUGGCCUUUUCAGACGCCGGUGGACGCGCUCAAGUUGAACAUCCCCGACUACCACAAGAUCAUUGAGAAGCCCAUGGACUUCGGCACCAUCAAGAAACGGCUUGAAAACAACUUUUAUUGGUCGGCCCGCGAAUGCAUCAACGACUUCAACACCGUGUUCACUAACUGUUACGUGUACAACAAACCCGGCGAGGACAUUGUGGUCAUGGCUCAGACGCUGGAGAAGAUCUUCCUCACCCGUAUGGCCACCAUGCCCAAAGAAGAGACCGAGGUGCCUUUGGCGCCCAAGACACCUGUGGUAUCGGGUCUGACUGGGGCGGCGGCGGCGGCCGCUGACAAGGCCAAGAAGACCGGCCGUCCCGUGCGAUCCAUGUCCAUCACCAGUAGUACCAGCGAAAUGGAUAUCGGCGGCGACUCCAUGGACGGCAGCUUGAUCCCGCCUCCGGCCAAGAAAAAACAGACUGUGAAACGCAAGCAGGCCGAUACCACCACUCCUGGGGGUGGGGUUGGGGGUGGUGGUGGUCCUCCGGUCAGUGUGCCGAGUACGGUACCCAGUGUGCCCAGUUUGGCCAUGGGCGAAAUGGACGCGGCCGAACUUGAGGCCAGUCGUCGCGAAUCUGGUCGUCAAAUCAAGCGCGUCACCAAGGACUUGCCCGAUUUCCAGCCCCAACACAGUAGCAAGCCCAAAGGCAAACUCUCAGACUCUUUACGGGCUUGCAACGAGAUUCUCAAAGAAAUAUUUUCCAAAAAGCACGCCGGCUAUGCUUGGCCGUUCUACAAGCCCGUCGACACGGAACUCUUAGACCUGCACGACUACAAGAAAGUCAUCAAGACACCCAUGGAUCUAGGCACGAUCCGGAAUCGAUUAGAAGUCCGACACUACAACACGUCGGCGGAAUUCGCGGCUGACAUGCGGCUGAUCUUCUCCAAUUGUUUUAAGUACAAUCCCCCCGACCACGAGGUCGUGCACAUGGCCAAGAAACUACAAGACGUGUUCGAGAUGCGCUACGCCAAAAUCCCCGAUGAAUCUCGGGCCGGUGAAGACAGUCACAAGUCCAUGAGUAUGUCCCAACAUCACGAAUCUGACAAUGACUCCGAAGACGAACGGGAAAAGAAGCUCCUCAUGCUCCAAGAGCAGCUCCGACACAUGCAAGAACAAAUCAAUCAACUGGUCGAAGAGACCAUCGCCAGUAAAGCCAAGCACGAAGCUGGAGCGGUCAAACCCGCACCGAAGAAAACCGCCGCCAAACGAGCCUCCGUUUCCUCUAGCGGAGGCGGGGCCGGUGGAGGAACAGGAGGUGCCAAUCGAGCUUCAGCUGCCAGUGGACCUGCCGCUGCGGCGGCAGCUGCAGCUGCGGCAGCCGCAGAAGCUGAAGAAGAUGCUAACACAGUGCCCAUGUCGUACGACGAGAAACGCCAACUCAGUUUGGACAUUAACAAACUACCCGGCGACAAACUGGGCCGCGUGGUGCAGAUUAUUCAGUCUCGUGAGGCGGCUCUGCGCGAUUCCAAUCCCGACGAGAUUGAGAUCGAUUUCGAGACCCUCAAACCCUCGACCCUCCGUGCCCUGGAGAAGUUCGUGGCCUCGUCCCUCCGAAAGAAGCCCAAACGGAAACGCAAUUCCGAAGGCAAGAAAGGUGGAGGCACGAAUUCGACCUCAACCGCGCCAGGAUCCGCUGCAGGUGCCGCCUCAGCUCCUGGAGCCCCAUCUUCAAACAGCCAAACCGCUUCAAAAUCAGGAAAUCUCUCUUCAUCGUCUUCGUCUUCGAACUCAAGCGCAUCCGGAUCCUCCUCAUCGUCGUCGGAUUCUGAAUAGGAGGAACUCGUCAAGAUCUAUUCCCGGAUGUACUCCUUCCCUUCGGUCUCCUUCAUUCUCCUCUCGAUGAUGACUAACUACUCAAUGGUCUGCUUCUGCGGACCAGUUUUACUUUUCCUUUGCGUGUCUUUGUUGUCGUGUUUAUGGUUCAAUGUUACCAUCCAAUCCAGCAAGUCUCUCGCCCAACACCACCAACGCCACUACCAACCACAUCCACCACCAUAACACCUUUUUUGUCUGCUGUCACCUAGCAGAAAUAGUUCUCUAGCCAACUAGAUACCACUUGAUAUGUUGGCUGGAACGUUGACUCAGUCCCUUUCCACCUAAACCCCUUUAAAAAAGGCCUCCAAUGACAGCAAAAGCACUUUCAUAGAUAAAAGAGAAAUCCACCAAACCCCUUCCGAUUUGAUUUUAAACCUUCGCCUCUAUUCCCUCCGCUCAGACCGCUCCCGAAUUCUUGAUACUACUAUACAUAAACAUCAUGGGCAAAGUUGCCCUCUGCAAUUCUUUUUUCAACACGAAAUAAACUAAGAACAUGUAUUCCAAAACAAAUCGCA